AUGGGCCCUUCACUCAGAGACACCUUCUCCCCACGUCCCCGAACUCGGAACGGAGACCGAGAGAGACCUACUACCCGCGAUCAUGGCGAACACUCUCUUAUGAUCCCAAGUCGAACCUCCUCCCUCCACUCCCGUAUCACACAACCCAUACCCUCGACGCUCAACAUCAAGCCGAAUCAGCGGAACCCCAAGACUCUUACUCAUGCAUAUAUGGUAUGUGGAGUGGGACGAGAACCAUCGCAAUGGGUCAAGGCGCCGCCCCCAGCUCAGGGAAGGAUUGGACACAUGAAGGGUGCCGUUGGCCAAUUCUGGCUUCCAGAGAUUUUGGGUAGCAGUCCGAGAUUGGAGCAGGACAAUGAGAUCGCACGCGCUCUAUACGCUGCUAUGAGGGCUUGCUUCCCCCACGACGUUGAAAUUUGCACCGGGCGAAGUCAACCACACUGUGUACACCACUCCUUCGUACUACAACAAGAUUCAUCACAUACCCUCUAUGGCAUUGCACUGAGAGUGUGGUCGAAAGCAGACGAAAAGCGCGCCGACACAAUCCGUGACCUGCGAAGAAAGACUGAACCGGACUACUAUGAGUCUUCGGACGAGACAUACUGGAUCCCAUACUGUUUGAGCUUCCUGUCCAGAUACCCUCUAUACGACCUGCUAGGGGACUACCUACGAGGAAUGUGGAUUCACUGGAACAAGGCUACCAACCUGUUCCAUGCCGAGGAGGUUUCGCGCAUACUCAGCUUCCCAGCACCACGACUGAAUGACCUUGUGAGAAUAGAUAUGAAAGACUACGCUCUGUGCUACCAGUUCCCCUCCUCGCCCACUGGCUUUCAGAACUUCGGCAUGUGGCCCCUGUUUACUUGCCUUUCCAUUCCCAAUAUCGUCGGCGUCAUUGAGGCUGCAGUAUCCGCGACCCGCAGGAUUAUCUUCGUCAGCCACUACCCAGCAAUGCUCACUGUCGCAACCGAGACUAUACGCCACUGCAUUCGAGUCUACGAGUGGAGUGGCUUAUACGUGCCAGUCGUCCAUGCACGCCAUGCGAAAGAGCUCGUGCAAGAGCCAGGACCAUAUAUGCUCGGUAUUACAGCCGAAUGUCGAAGCCUCUUCACAGCGCCCUCGGACGCUCUGGUCAUUGACCUGGACCGCAACUAUGUCAUGACCUCAGCACCUCCCACUGUCUUGACGUCGGGCCAGAGAGCCAAGAUGAUUUCCCGUUUGACGAACGCUCUAAGCGGCGAUGUUGCCCCUGCUGGUGUUCCCACGCACUUGCGAUCGGCUUACGGCGGUGGCAAGCUCAUUCCAGCUGGUCAGAUUAUAGUUAUGAGGGGAGAAGUGGAGAGUGUGGAAAAUCCGCCUUGGUGGAAUCAAGAUAGCGUUAUGGGAGUUAUGGAUCAUGUCUGCGAGAAGCUGGGUCGUAAUUCUGGCAUGAAAGCUAUCUUCGGUACUUCGGUAAAGAAGCCAUUGAUGACGAAGGUCUCAAUGCGCCACCUCAAUGAGAUUGUCCGGGAACGCAACCAAUACUCUAGAGACGCUAUGGAAGCGUGGCAGGACUUUAUCAACCUCAAGGGUAGAAUGGAUGGCGAGCUUACCAAAGUCACAAAGAGAAACAACUUCCUUGUGGAUGAGCUUGAAAGCUGGAAGCAACAGUUCCUCAAAUUCCAAGCUUUCGCCGAACAACUCACCAAAGAGACACAAGAGCUCAAAGUCAAGAUCGAGACUCAUAAGCGCGAGAAUCGUCGCCUCACAUCGCUCAUUGAGCAACAGAAAGAUGACGCCACUCGCCUCACCCAGCGCCUCAACGGUACGGAGAAGCAACGCGACGAUGCUCUCGAAGCACUUGUCCUCCAGCAAGACAUCGCUGAAGAGCUCGAGCGAGAACGUAAGCGCAACAAGAAGGAGCUCUCCGCUCUCCAGCACACAAACACGACCAUUCUCCGCCAACGCGACGAGUCCCGACGUGUGGUUCUGCACCUCCGCAGUCUUAUCGAUGGGCAGACUCACCACAUGGAGCACAUCGUGCGCUCUCUCAACGACACUCCCGAACUCAGCAACUACCUCCAAGAAGGUUACGAAGACAUACCAGAGGACGUGGAAGACCACGAAUCCGUCACAAGCAGCGAGGCCGUCCAACGGGAUCCAAAUCUGCUUAAUGAGGCCCGCCGUUCAGUCUCUCGGACAAGCACCAACGACGGCACCAAGAUCGCCGACGAGAAAGUCACUCCAGAGAUGGAAUCCCGUUUCUUCUCCCCACUUACCAGCAAUACACGUGGGAACCGUCUCAGCAUGUCUGACGUUGCUGAUCGUCAUCUUCGAGACAAGACUGAUGCCAUUGCCUACAUCAUCCGCAAUAUCAGUGACCAAUGUGCUGCUGCUGUUGAAGGUCUCCACCUCGCGCAUAAUGCUGAGAAUGAAGAUGGCGAACCCAUCGAGCCCGAACUCCAGUCCAGCACCAGCAACAUGGGGCACAAGCACACCCAAUCCGAUGGCGACAUAAGUAUGCACACCGACGUCAGCCUACUUGGCGCCAACGACGACUCCGCGGACCAUGACAGCGGCCACGGCGAAUCCCCCGGUUUUCUAACCCCAAAUAAUGAAAACGGCCGCAGCCGAAGCCGAACCUCCAGCAUCCCUCCAACACCCGAUCUCAUUGGUGGCCAUGAGCCCAGGAGUAGCACAAGUAUGAGCGGAUACAGCAACAGUACCGCACAAACUGGGCCGGGAAGGGAUAGCAUGCAACCAUAUUUACAAGAAAAGAAUUACGGAGUCAAGAUCCUCGAUGCUGAUGACCCCGUGCAUGACAGUGGCGCAGAUGUUGGACAGAAUGAAACCACCAAGAAGAGAGUGAGCGACUUGAGACCUGUGACCGCUAGGAUAGUGCCUGCGUGA